AUGAUAAAGAAUAUUGUCGUUUUCUUUCUUUUCACGGUGGCUUUAGUGGGGGCUGAGGUUCCAAGGGUCGCGUUACCACCACCAGGACCUUCUAGAUAUUACAUUCAUGUGGUUAACGGGCUAAGCAAACUUGGGUUGCUUGUGCAUUGUCAGUCUAAAGACGAUGACUUGGGGUAUCAUCGUUUGCUUAAUCAUGGAGAUGAUUACCAAUGGAACUUCAAGGUUAACUUUUGGGGAACAACCCUCUAUUGGUGCAAAUUGGAGACGCCACAUGCAUAUGUCUCUUUUGAAAGCUUUUGGCCUGAAACGCAGCACUUAUGGCUCCGUGAUAGGUGCAAACAUGGAACUGUAGGAACUUGUAUUUGGACGGCCAAAGAUGAUGGAAUUUACUUGAGAAACUUUCUUGCUAAUGUUGAUGAAUUGAUACACAAGUGGAUCUAUAAAAGAUAG